CUUGGCUUUUGGACAGUAACUCACUGUUGGUUGCAAAUUUAAUGGCUGAGGUGAAGCUCGACGAUCUAGUAGUUCAGGUAGAAGGAUUAGAUCAGGAUGAAAACAAAGCAGGCUCAGGGGCUUAUGGCUAUGUCUUUAGAGUGACUGUGAAUGGAAGACUCUGCAUUGCUAAGAAGCUCCAUAAUAUUUUGCUCCAAGAACCUUCCUAUGGACAGAAGAAGAACAUUGUAGCAAAGUUUCGCAAGGAGUGUUGCAUUUUGAGUGGCUUGGAUCACCCGAAUGUGGUCGGCUUUGUUGGCGUUCAUUACGGCCGUGAUAAGAACGACAUCAGUUUGAUAAUGGAGAGGCUUUAUUCGGACUUGGCUGAUUUCGUUGAAACAAAGCCAGACACGAAUCUCACUACUAGAAUUUGUAUUCUGUAUGAUGUAUCCAAAGGUCUUCGCUACCUUCACUCUCUGACCCCUCCCCUUAUCCAUCGUGACCUCACUGCUCCCAACAUCCUGCUCACUGAGGAUCUCACAGCCAAGAUCGGAGACUUGGGAAUGUCCAGAUUCAUUGAACAGGAGCGUUUAACUCAUUUUCUGACAAACAUUCCUGGAAAUCCAAAAUACAUGCCUCCCGAGUGCUACGAUGAAUACCCUAUCUAUACUACCAAGCUGGACAUCUUCUCAUUCGGUCAUCUCAUCGUUCACACUGUUAUCGGAUACUUUCCUAAUGUCUUCAACAUACCUCGAGAAGAUCGAAACCAUGCCAAGUACAUUAGUGAGGGUAAAGUCGAGCUCAUGCGACGAAAGUCUGCUAUCAUUAGUGACAAAAUGGGUGAGAAACACGCUCUUUAUCCUCUUGUUGUUCGCUGCCUUCACGACCACCCCGAGCAGAGACCAUCAGUUGAGGAAGUGAUCAGCUCAGUCAGAGAGCUGUGUCCCAGACCCACAAUGUCAUUUCUUGAGGCUUGCAAAACUGGUAAUGUGGGUGUGGUUCAAGAGCUACUGGAGUGUGGGGCUGAUCCAAAUCAGGCAGAUGAGUGUAACAAGACUGCUAUUUACUGGGCCAGUGACAAUGGACAUGAUGGGGUUGUGCUUGCCCUUACUAAAUCUGGGGCUAACGUACACACUCAGUCAAAGUCGGGACAGAGUCCUCUUUGGAUAGCCAGUUUCAAUGGUCACCAGAAAUGUGUGGGCUUACUAAUCGAUGCUGGAGCCAAUGUGGAUAUUCAAAACAAAGAUGGAGCAACUGCAUUGAUAGUGGCUGCUCACAAAGGUUAUUGCGGAGUUGUUAGAAUAUUGUUGGAGGCCAAGGCUGAUGUCCAUAUCAAGACUAAUGAUGAAAACACUGCUUUGUAUGUAGCUUCUCUCAACGGUCACUGUGGAGUUGUUAGAAUGUUGUUGAAGGCCAAGGCUGACGUCAACAUGAAGACUAAUGAUGGAGCCACUGCAUUGAUGGCAGCUGCUCAAGAAGGUCACUGUGUAGUUGUUGGAAUGCUAUUGGAGGCCAAAGCUGACAUCGACAUUAAGACUGAUAGUAACCGGACAGCUCUGUAUCAUGCCAGUGCCAAAGGACAUGAUGAGGUGGUGAAGGUCCUCCUCGCAGCCAAUGCUACAGUCAACACUCAGAGCAAGGAUGGAACCACUGCGAUUUAUGUAGCUGCUGCGAAUGGUCAUUUGAUGGCAGUGAAACUGUUGAUUGCAGCAAAAGCUCAGGCAGACAUUCAAAACAAGCAUGGUUGGACAGCAUUGCAUAGGGCCAGUCAAAAGGGUCACAGUGAAAUUGUUAGAAUGUUGUUAAAGGCCAAGGCUGAUGUCAACAUAAAGACUAAUGACAACCAGACAGCUCUACAUCGAGCCUGUGCAAAAGGACAUGAUGAGGUGGUGAUAGUUCUCUUAAAAGCUAAGGCUAUAGUCAACACUCAGGCUGAGUCGGGGCAGACCCCACUCUACUCUGCUAGUUUCUAUGGUCACCAGAAGUGUGUGAAGCUCUUAAUCAAUGCUGGGGCCAAUGUUGAUGUGCAAGAAGAGGAUGGAGCCACUGCGCUGAUAGCAGCUGCUGAGAAAGGUCAUUUGAAGGUAGUGGAAUCACUCGUUGCAGCAAAGGCUCAAGUGAACAUUCAAAAGAAGGGUGGCUGGACAGCAUUGCAUAUGGCCAGUCGAAAUGAUCACUGUGGAAUUGUUAGAAUGUUGUUAGAGACCAAGGCUGACGUCAACAUCACGACUGAUUAUGGAAGUUUGACGGCAUUGCAUAUGGCCAGUCAGAAUUGUCACUGUGGAAUUGUUAGAAUGUUAUUGAAGGCCAAGGCUGACGUGAAUAUCAAGACUGAUGACGAUCAGACAGCUCUGCAUCAAGCCUGUGCCAACGGACAUGAUGAGGUUGUGAUGGUUCUCUUAAAAGCUAGGGCUAUAAUCAACACACAGAACAACUUGGGACAGACCCCUCUGUGGGCAGCCAGUUUCUAUGGUCACCAGAAAUGUGUGGAGCUCCUAAUAGACGCUGGGGCCAAUGUUGAUGUACAAGAAAAGGAUGGAGCUACUGCAUUGAUUGUAGCUACUGAGAAUGGCCAUUUGAAGGUAGUAGAAUCAAUCAUUGCAGCAAAGGUUAAAAUUAACAUUCGAAAGAAGGGUGGCUGGACGGCAUUGCACAUUGCCAGUCGGAAUGGUCACUGUGGAAUUGUUAGGGUUUUGCUGGAGGCCAAUGCUGAUGUCAACAUUAAGACUUACGACAAUCUGUCAGCUCUGUAUCAAGCCAGUUCCAAUGGACAUGAUAAGGUUGUGAGGGUCCUGUUAGCAGCCAAGGCUACGGUCAACGUUCAAAACAUGAAUGGAGCCACUGCAUUGGCGGUAGCUGCUGAGAAUGGGCAUUUGAAGGUAGUGGAACUUUUGAUUGCAGCAAAGGCUUGGGUUGACGUUAAAAGAAAGGGUGGUUGGACAGCAUUGCACAUGGCCAGUCGGAAUGGUCACUGUGGAAUUGUUAGGGUUUUGCUGGAGGCCAAUGCUGAUGUCAACAUCACGACUAAUGACAACCGGUCAGCUCUGUAUCAAGCCAGCUCCAACGGACAUGAUCAAGUGGUGAGGGUCCUGGUAGCAGCUAAAGCUGCAGUCAACAUUCAGAGCAAGUUGGGACAGACCCCUCUUUGGGCAGCCAGCUUCUAUGGUCACCAGAAAUGUGUGCAGCUCCUAAUCGAUGCUGGGGCCAAUGUUGAUGUACAAGAAGAGAAUGGAGCCACUGCAUUAAUGGUAGCUGCUGCAAGUGGUCAUUUGAAGGUAGUAGAAUUAUUGAUUGUGGCAAAGGCUCAAAUUGACAUUCUAAACAAGGAGGAUGAAGCCUCUGCCUUGAUUGUAGCUGCUGAGAAUGGUCAUUUAAAGGUAGUAGAAAUUUUGAUUGCAGCAAAGGCUCAGGUGGACAUCCAAAACAAGUAUGGUUGGACAGCACUGCAUGAGGCCAGCCGGAAUGGACAUUGUGAGGUUGUCCAAAUGUUGUUGGAGGCCAAGGCUAACGUCAACGUUGAGAAUAUUAACAACAUGACAUCUCUGCAUCAAGCCAGUGGUAAUGGGCAUGAUAAGGUGGUGAGGGUCCUCCUGGCAGCAAAGGCUAUAGUCAACGCUCAGAACAAAUGGGGACAGACACCUCUCUACUCAGCCAGUUUCAAUGGUCACAAUAAAUGUCUGGAGCUCCUAGUCGCAGCUGGAGCCCAGGUUAAUGCUCAGCAAGAGGAUGGAGCAACUGCAAUAAUGGUAGCUGCACAGAAUGGUCAUUUAAAGGCAAUAGAAUUUUUGAUAGCAGCAAAAGCUCAAGUUAACAUUCAAAGCAAAAAUGGUUGGACGGCAUUGCACAAUGCCAGUCAUAAUUGUCACUGCGAAGUUGUUAAAAUGUUGUUAGAGGCCAAGGCUGACGUCAACAGCAAGACUAAUGCUGGCAAUACUGCCCAUGAUGUUGCUUGUAGGAAUGGACACGUUCAAAUCUGUGAACUGCUAUUUAAAUAGUAAACUGUGCAUGACGUGAUUUGUAAUUUAGUGUUUGUGUACAUGUAGUUAAAAUUAUAAUCAACAUGCAGUUACAAAUGUAAUUAUGACAUGGACUUAAAUUUUAUGCUAGAUU